AUGUCUUUGACUAUGGAAUCCUCUCAUGUUGGUCUUCUUCAACAGAAUAUCAAUCAAGAAGCCUCAAAAUCACCGUCACCUCAACCAAAUUCCGACUCAACACCCGAGCAGUCAAGUAUUGAUGCUAAUCUAACAGCAAUUCUGAAUGCUGCAGCAAAAAAUACUGCUGUUUCAGCGGUGAAGUCUGAACGAACACCAUCGCCAGAACAAGAAAAUAAGGGAUUCGAAAAGGAACUUGAGGCUCAACAGAAAGCUUUUCAACGCUUUACAACAUCGUUAAAUGGUAACACACAAUAA